UGGAAUGAAGUUACUAAAUAUUUUCGAGCGGAGAUGCCACGAAGGAAACACAGGCAGCACUUCAAAAAAUAUGGGAAUUGUUUUACAGCAGCAGAAGCAAUCAGCUGGCUUCAUGAAUUGCUCAGGAAUAACAAUAACUUUGGUCCCGAAGUUACCAGGCAGCAGACUAUUCAGCUGUUAAGGAAAUUUCUCAAAAACCAUGUGAUUGAGGAUAUAAAAGGAAGAUGGGGCUCAGAAAAUCUGGAUGACAACCAUAACUUGUACAGAUUUCCUUCAGCAUCUCCAGUUAAAAUUCUGCCACGCCGACAUCCACUGAGUGAGAGUACAGAGAAUAGGUCCAAAGAGUCUGAAAGUGUGUUUAAAUUACCACAGUACUCAAGAAAGACUCCCAAAAAAUAUAAUUCCCAGGAAUGUCAGGAGAACAAAGAAAAUGUACAAAGUGAAACUAUAGGAGAUGAGAAGGGACAGACAGCAUUUAGGAGGCAGAUAACCCAAGCAGACAUUGAAGAAGUUUGGAGAAACAUCAUUAUGAUACAGUGAGUUAUACAUAGUUUUCUAUCUAUCCCAUUACUUCCCAAUAGACCCUGAGGCUGGAAUUGUUGUUUUCUGCAUCAAAAGUAAUUCCCAGUGAUCUGAACAAAAGAUUCUUCAAAAUAUUCUGUUAGUACCAACUGCAUUCAUGUUAUAUGGUCUUGCACUAGUAAACCAUUUUGAGGCAUGGAAGUA